AUGAUUCCCUGCACAAAACCUGGCUGCUGUCAAUGGUUCAGAAACAAGUCGGGCCUAACCCAGCACAUCAACAUAUACCACCCAGUAUUUCCGCCUAUCAAUAUCCCCGUGCAGGUAGAACAGCCAGAUCAGAGUUUGUUGGACAAGGUGACAAGGCAGCCUUGUGAUUCAUCUGGAAACCCCCUCCCAGUUGGACAGUCAUCCCCACAAACUCCUUCUGAAAAGCAACCUAAUGAUUGGUCACCAUACUCCAGUCACCUGGAGUUCAAGCUAGCUGACUUCCUGUUCACCUGCAGCCAGAUGUCUGCAGCCAAUAUUAACGAGUUACUAGAUCUCUGGAAUGCGACACUUCUUGGUGCUGGCAGCCAGCCCGUCUUCAAAGAUAGCGCUGAAAUGUACAAGACGAUUGAUCGCACUAUACUUGGUGAUGUACAGUGGGAGAAUUUUUGCAUAUCCUAUACCAGUGAACAACCAACUGAUAAUGUCCCAUCAUGGAUGAAUGCCAUGUACGAUAUUUGGUUCCGGGACCCUAAAGACGUUAUUCACGAUAUGCUUUCCCAACCUGAUUUUUCGAGAGACAUGGAUUACCAGCUGUUUCGGGAAUAUGAGAGCACAACGGACAAGAGACAGUGGGAGGAUUUCAUGUCUGGUGAUUGGGUGUGGACUCAAGCAGACAUAAUUUCUCGUGAUUCAACCAUGCAUGGGUCAACCUUUGUUCCAAUCAUCCUUGGCAGUGACAAGACAACCAUGUCAGUUGCAACUGGUCAAAAUGAUUAUUAUCCCCUCUACCUCUCAAUAGGUAACAUGAGCAACAAAGUUCAUUGUGCACAUUGCAAUAGUGUCACUCUCAUCGCUUUCCUUGCAAUCCCACAUAGUAAGAAACCUGCAAUGACCAAACCAACUGUUAUGUGGUUCGGUGAUGGACACUAUCGCCAUGUAAUUUUUGGACUCGGCCCUUAUAUCGCUGAUUAUGAGGAACAAGUCCUUCUGGCAUGUAUUGUGCGAGGGUGGUGUGCAAAAUGUCUUGUGAUGAGGCAGGAACUUGAUACUGAUGCACUUUAUCAGAGUCACAAACAUGCAGAAGCACUGAUCAAGGAGUUUGAUCUCAAGACCUUACAGGAUGUGUAUGGCAUUGUGGGUGAUACAAUUCCGUUCACCAGCAGUUUUCCCCAUGCCGAUAUAUACCAACUCAUUGCCCCUGAUAUACUACACCAGAUCAUCAAAGGGAUGUUCAAGGAUCAUUUGGUCGAGUGGGUUGAAAGCUAUUUGAAGACUGUGCAUGGCACAACAAAGGUGAAUGUGAUCUUAGAUGAUAUUGACCAGAGAAUCGUGGCCGUUGUGCCUUUCACAGGGCUCCGUCACUUUCCCAAGGGCCGUCAUUUCAAACAGUGGACUGGUAACGACUCAAAGGCACUAAUGAAGGUGUAUCUACCUGCCAUUGAGGGGCAUGUACCAACAGAGAUUUUCACAUACCUGGUCUGUCACAAUGUCUUCACUGAAGAAACCUUGGUUGCAGUUCAAGAUACCAUCAACCACUUUCACAAGUACCGGGAAAUAUUUCGCCAAUCAGGUACCAUUCAAACUUUUUCCUUACCACGCCAGCAUGCGAUGAAACACUACCCUGAUCUUAUACAUUUAUUUGGGGCGCCGAAUGGACUUUGCACAUCAAUCACCGAAUCAAAGCAUAUCGAUGCUGUGAAGGACCCAUACCAGCGGACCAAUCAUAACAAGCCACUGGGCCAAAUGCUCAUUAUCAAUCAGUGCUUAGAUAAGUUGGUGGCCUCUCGAAGGGAUUUCAACAAACGAGGGAUGCUAGAGGGAAACUGCCUCAUGGCAACUAUGCAGCUCCUUUCAACUCAAGAUGGCAGAGAGAAUGGCAGUACAUCACAGGUCCUAGGUUCCAGUCCCCAUAACGAAGACAAUGGUGAGGCUGUGGACUGCCCAACAUCCAUAGAGGCACAUGUUGAACUCACUCGCACCACCCAUAUGUACCUUAUUAACCUGAGUAAUCUUGCAAUUGAGCUCGGUCUAUCACAUCUCCCUACCAUUCUGGAGGAGUUCCUGCUUCAACAAGCCGAUGCUGAAGACUACCGCGAUCUCUGUGACAUCCCACUAUCUGAGUGCCCCAUCUAUGGCAACAAAAUCACCUUCGUUAAUUCUGCAGCUGCACUAUUCUAUGUGCCAAGUGAUAUCAGUGGUAUUGGUGGCAUGCGGCAUGAGUAUAUCCACUCGUGUCAUUUGUGGCAGAACAGGCCACCCUGGUAUGACUAUGCAUUUGUGAAUACUAAUCCAGGGCUGAAGGGGAUGCAUGGUUUGGAUGUUGUGCGUAUCCUUGGGUUUUUUUCCUUCGUUUCCCAAAGCAAGUGUUACCCAUGCGCAGUAGUGCAGUGGUUUGACUGUGUCAGGGAUGACCCAGAUGUGGAUAUGGGGAUGUGGAUCGUACGCCUGGCCCUUACUGCAAAUCAUCACCUGGCCACCGCUGUCAUACAUGUAGACACCAUAUAUCGUGCGGCACACCUUGUCCCCUUGUACAGCACCCACCCCAUUCCCAGAACCAUAAAGCCGCAUCAUUCUUACGAUGCAUUUACCACCUUCUAUGUGAACAGAUUUAUCGAUCAUCAUGCAUUUUCGCUUUUAUCAGAUUCAUACUUGUAG